AUGAUGAGUGAAGAAAACAUUGUUGAUUAUGCCUUUAAUUUGUUGAGCAAAAAUGUUAAAUUUUUUGAGAAAUCAGAAUUGUACAAGUUCUACGAUAUUAUAGAUUUAUCCUAUGAAGGUCAUAAAAGCACGAUCAAGUGUAAUGUUAUUCGUGAUAACAAUGCCAUUCAAAUAUGUGGUUAUCUUGAAGAAAUAGCAAGUUCUUGGAAUGAUAAAAUCGUGCCAAUUUUUUGUUCGAAAGGUAUUAAUAAUUUUAAGUGUUGUGAUUUCUUAUUCUAUUGGCUAUAUGGAAAAUUUGUGAAGUAUAAUAUUAAAAGUUCAGAUAUAAACUCAAUAUUCGAUAAAUUUAAAACUUUAUUUGAAACUCAAUGUUAUAGUGCCAAUAAAGAACGUUUUUAUAUAAAAAGAGUAUAUGAUAAAAAAGUUUUGAAGGAAAAAAAAGAAUUACACGAUUUUGUAGAAUAUUAUAGUACAAUUAAAGAUUUGUGGAACGAUGAAGAGAAUGAACAUAAGAACUAUUGUCUAUAUAUGAAGCAUAUUCUUCAACUGUACAAAAAACUAAAGGAGAAAAAAUGUUCAACACUGUAUAAGUGUGAGAUGGAAAUGCUUGAAACAAAAAUUAUAGAUGAUUUGACAGAGUUCAAUUUUUUAAAAAGGCAGUGCUCUGAUAUUUCUAGUGACCUAGAUAUAAUAAAAAAAACUAAAAUAAAAUGUCCACAAGAACCAAGAAUAUAUAAUGAACAACCACAAAAUGGGGUCCAGCAAAAUAUCCACACUACUAAUAUUGGAGAAUCUGCUGCUGCUCAAAAAAGAGAACGUUUUAAAACUGCAUCUAGUGAAAAACUUCUGCAUAAAAUGAAUAAGAUUGAAGACGUUUUAAGUCCGUUUUCGUCUUAUGAGAUAUAUGAUGAAUUUAAUAAUGAGAAUAAUCUGUCUAAUCAUAGAAUUUGUGAAACUAUUGGAAAUAAUGAAAUGAAAGAUUUAAAGUUGAAUACGUUUUGUAAACAAAUUGUAAAAAAUUUAAAAAAUAUAUAUGGAAUAUUGAACAGAGAAAGACGUGACGAAUGUUGUUUAUAUUUCAAUUAUUGGUUGCAUGAUCAACAUAAAAAAAAAUUAGAUACAAUUUUAGAGAAGGAUAAAAAAACAGCAUACACUUCUAAACUUUUAGAAAUGCAAUUUCCUAUUAUAAAUGAAUUGGGUAUACAUGACUGUUAUUACGACUUUAAAAAUAAUUUGGAUUAUUGGGAAGAAAUUAUCUAUUUGCUAUAUUACUUCAAAAGUUAUGAAAGUACUUUAUCUAAUAUAUAUCCUGAAAAAGAUAAACAUGAAGAAUAUUGCAACUAUCUUUCGAAAAUUAAGAAACUGUUUGAAAAGUAUAUAAAACACUGCUGUACUUGCUAUACUAUUCCAAGAGAAUAUUGUGAGAAUCACUGUUCAGGAUAUUUCAAAUGCGAAAAACAAUAUUACCCAAUUAAUCUAAUAUCAAAAUUACAGUGUAACCAUGAAACGGCUACCGAAAGCGCAGAACAAUUGUUCAAAUCAGUAACAAUUGAUCAAAAGGUUAAUCUAUUAAGUCUGAAAUCAAAUGGAUUUACAAAUACUGAUAAUUAUAAUAAUAAACCAUCAAUGCUGAUAUAUAAUAAUGUACGUUUUGACCCCUUUAAUUUGAUCGCUAUAGGUGGUCUUACAUUUAUUGGAAUAUCUCUCCUAUUUUUCAUCUUUUAUAAAUUUACACCCUUUGGAUCAAGGUUGAAUAGGAAGUCAAUGAAAAAAAAAAUUAAUUAUGGUGUCUACCAAAAAAAUAUAUCACAAAGAUUAGGAAAAGAUUCAGGACCUCGAAAUGCAAAUUCACGUAAUAAACGAAUUCACAUAACUUACCGUGCACAAUGA